AUGGCUCGCAGUGGUGAUAAACUGAAAGCAAUAGGCAAUUCUACUAUAUUAGCAUUCAAUUUUGAUCCUGAAGCUGUACUCACAACUCCAAAAGGAUCUGCAGGACAGAUAUUUUACUUGCGUAAGUUAGCUGUUUAUAACUUGACAGUUUAUAAUAUUGAAAAUCAAGAUGGCAUUUGCUAUCUAUGGGAUGAAACCCAGGGUAAGAAAGAUUCAAAUGAAAUCGCUUCUUGUAUCUAUGAACACGUAUUAUCUAAUGCAGAAGUAAAAGAAAUUAGAAUGAUGACAGAUGGCUGUAGUGUAAGGUGUCCGUUAUUUACCAAUUUGAUUUUUGAGUUUGCAACGCCCCUAAAACGUUUAGUGUAUGACCCAAAAAAAAAUAUCGAACCCAUAUAA